AGGAGCAGAGGAACUUCUCAGGACUUCACUGCGUUGCUUUGCACGGACCAGGCUGGAGCUUUAACCUGGAGACUGAUCAUCCAUAUCUCUGAUCAGCAGCGGAGUGAUUUGGAGGAGCAUGCUGCUGGAUUCCCUGUUCAGGCUCUAUGUGCUGUGGGGCUUUGUGGUGGUCACGACCUCUGUGACCAAGGCCGCCAAACGGAAGGUGACAGGCCGACGGUCCAGACAGGUGUUUGAGGCGGAGCCUGUGGAUGGGGUGUGGUCUGUUUGGGGGGAGUGGUCAGAAUGCUCUCAGACCUGCGGUGUUGGCGUCUCACAGAGGAGCAGGACGUGUUUACCUCCUCCACAGUCCCCUCCCCUCUCCCACUCCCCACCUAACUGGGCGGGCUAUCGGCCCGGGGGUAUAGGAGGUCCUGUUAUCUCACCUGGGUUUCCCUACUACCCCCCUCGUUUCCCUGGGCAACACCCACCUUAUCACUCCCCGCCGAUCUCCUCUAAUCACAACCCAGGAUUGUCUCUGUAUCGGAAUGCCCCCACAGGAGGAGGAGGAGGAGGAGGAGAAGGAGGAGGAGCUCCUGUUCCCGGACAGGCUAAUCCAUCUCUCCCUUUUUACCAACAAGAAUUCUCCCCAACAAAUCAGGACCAUGUGUCCGUUUACCGAUCUCCCUAUCACGCUCCUUCGCAUGGCUACACCCAGCCGGCACGGGUCAUCAGGAGACCGACCAAUCCAGGAGCAGUGAGGGGUGGAGGAAGUGGAAGCAGGAGGUCGGUGUCCCCCAGUCGGGAGGGUUUGCCAGCGAGAAGGUCCUCCAACAUCCGUCCAGGUCAGUUCGGGUACGGCCGGGUCCCCUUCUCUCUCCCUCUGCACCGCCCGAACCGACAGGCUCGCCACACCGUCAACGGCACAGCAUCACCAACAUCUGGACUGGCUGAGGAUGAGGCAGAGAGGGGAGAGGAAGAGAGGGGGAGUGAUGGAGAAGAGAGGCAUGUGGUGAGGAGAGAGGAGGAGAGGAGGAACGUAGAGCAGGAGAGCCCGGAGCCCCCUGCUGCCGAGGAGGUGCCCACCACGACCACAACGCCUGGCAAACCUCACCGCCAUGUCGACAGACCCUCCCACUCCCACACAGAGCACGGGAGGGGGAGGGAGCAGCACCCGUCCUCCCGCUCCUUCUCCCGCCCCUCAUCGCCGUCCGGAUCCAGCCGCCACCGCUUUGACUGGCACUCCGUCACCGCUCCGCCCCCUCCCAACGCUCCUCUCUCACGCCCCAACUCCCACGCCAUCGCCUCACCUUUCUCCACCUCCCUCCACCGCCCCGGCCCCGUGCACAGAGACAGGGAGCUCCACCCAGGCUUCAGCCCGCAGGCCCAGCCCGAGGGGAGCAUCUACCCUCUGCAGCUACCCCACGUCCCCCACCUGGGGGGGGAAUCAGAACGGGACGGUGGAAGAGGAGCGCCUCCGGUCAUCAGGUGCUCUGGGCCGGAGAAGGAGUACCGCAGGUGCUUCUCACAGGUGUGUGCAGGUGGGGCGCUGGACUCCAGGGCGGAGCAGUGUGCAGCGUUUAACACCCAGGAGUUCAUGGGUCGACUCUACGACUGGGAACCUUUCACUGAGGUUGGUGCGGACAAGCAGUGCGAGCUGACCUGCAGACCUGCCAGCUAUCGGUUCUACGUCCGUCAGGCCGAGCGUGUCAGAGACGGGACUCCCUGCUUCAACGUCAGCUCAAAUGACGUGUGUGUAGAAGGACAGUGUCUGACGGAGGGCUGCGAUGGCGUCCUGGGCUCCGGCUCCGUGACAGACAAGUGCGGAGUGUGUGGCGGGCAGGACACCUCCUGUCGGAAGGUGGCAGGAAGCUUCCAAAAUGUCACGGUUCCCCUCGGUUACCACAAGAUCCUGGACAUCCCACCGGGAGCUACAUUCAUUAACAUCACGGAGAGGCGAGCAAGCCCUAACUACCUAGCCAUGAGAAGUGGCACCGGGGCCUCAGUGGUGAACGGGCGUUGGGCUGUGGACCCUCCAGGAGAGUACCAGGCAGGGGGGACCACCUUCACCUACACCCGACCUAGAGCCCAGGCGGAGGACCAUAAGGGAGAGUCCCUCAAGGCCCCAGGACCCACCACCACACAGCUACUGUUAUAUAUCAUUUUCCACAAGGAGAACCCGGGCAUCGACUACGAGUUUUACAUCCCCGUGGAGAAGAAGGAGGCAGGGAGGGAGAGGCUGACGGAUAGAGGGAGGCAGCGGGAGACGGCCCGAGAGAGGCCAAGGGAGCGGGAGCCAGUGAGGGCGCCACUUCGCAGUCCCCUCACCGUGUCAGUAGAAGACCCUCUUCCUGCCCCUCACCCUGUUUCCAUCCCCUCUUUCCCCUCUUCUUCCUCCUCCUCUACAUCUGGGUUUUCAUCCCCGUCCUCAGACCGCUGGAUACAUGACAGGUUGCGGCCUCGGGGAUCAGCACCCAAUAGAAACGCCCGGAUCCCCCCUCGCACUGACCUGCCACCGGACACUCAGCCACCAUUUUUCUGGAAAAGAGGUGGACUCACAGAGUGCUCUGCUUCCUGUGGCAAAGGUUAUCAGUAUCGAGAGAUUCUGUGUAUAAAUCGUCAAACAGAUGAGGAGGUUCCAGAGAGGAAGUGUGACUCUGCAGCCAAACCUGCUCCUGAGGAGGAGCCUUGUAACACACACCACUGCCCACCAUUCUGGGAAGCCAGCGCCUGGUCCGAGUGCAGCGUUUCCUGUGGAGCCGGCCUGCAGCAGAGGCAGCUCCAGUGCAGGCUGAGCUUUGGGAACCGCUCCACCAUGGUCCACCCGCAGCGCUGUGCCAGCCUCACGCCACCAGAGGCCAUGCAGGCCUGCGAGCUCCGCCUCUGCUCCCACUGGGAGGUCAGCUCGGACUGGACCACAUGCUCAGUGGACUGUGGAGUAGGGAGGAGGACAAGGGGCGUGCGCUGUGUCAGCGAUCAAGGCAGCCUGGUGAACGACGUGGACUGCAACUCCGGACUCCGUCCACAGCGAAGUGAGGAGUGCAACAUGGGGCCCUGUGUCACCAACUGGUACUUCACCGACUGGGCCAGCACUUGUUCGGCGCAGUGUGGCCCCGGGGUGCAGAAGAGAGAGGUGGUGUGUCUGGCUCGAGGAGGGGUCAGAGAGGGUAACGGAGGAGGGGACUGUGUUGGGGACAAACCCGCAGAGAUGAAGGCCUGUAAUGGAGGCCCCUGUGUGCCAACAGCCAUGUGGUACAGCAGCCCCUGGACACAGUGUAACGUGCCUUGCGGAAGCGGAACCCAGCGACGUGACUUCAUUUGUGUUCAGAAGACGGGGAACGAUUUUGCUGUCGCACCUGUCAGUGAGUGUGCUCAUCUGGACAAACCUGCUGCGGUGCAGGAGUGUGAGAUGGGAGAGUGUCGGCCACAGUGGUUCACGACAGAGUGGAGCGCGUGCUCACGUUCAUGUGGAAAAGGUUUACAGAUGAGGGAGGUACGGUGUCUUAAACCAGACAAAGCGCACAGCCCAGAAUGUGACUCCGACACCAAACCAACACAGGAGCAAAUAUGCAACACAAUCCCCUGCAGUCCCCAAGUCUCAGAUGAAAACUGCCGGGACAGACGUCACAACUGCGUGAUGGUGGUGCAGGCCCGGCUGUGCGUCUACUCCUACUACAAGACCGCCUGCUGCGCCUCGUGUACCCAGAGUGCUCAGCGUGCCAAGAGGCAAUGACCUGCCGAGCCAAGACAGGUGCGCAGGAAGUAGUCGAGGAUUAGGUCAAGAGGGCCGUUCACCCCUGAAAUGACCAGUCUGUAGAAACGGACGGCCCAGAGUAGGCAUGUGAUGGCUUCAGUUAACAUUCAGCUUUUUUUUUCUUCCUGAGUCUCCAGGCCAAACACUGUGAAAGCAGCCGGUUCCUCUUGCCUUUACUCUGCAUACGGUUUAACAUCGUCUCUUAGAACCGCUUAUUCCACUGAGCUUGUUUCUGUUUACUUUGUGCAUUCGCUCUAACAGCUUCACAGCGUGUCACACUGGGCUGAGUGAUGCGACUGAUUUCCACCCUUGAAGGCUCAUUUCUAUGGCCGAGAGCUGGUAAUGGGAGGUUCUCGCUGAGGACACAGCUGUGGUUCAACAACCAUUUUAGUAUCUGUCAAGAUUCAUCGUGAUCUAAAAUAUCCUGAGACAGAUUUGAACAGACAUGCAUACCACUAAUUAUGUUCUGAUCAAAUAAUUACCAUGUGUGCUAGAGUAAAGUGUGUGUACUGUAGUUCUAUGUGUGCUGACGAUCUACUGGAAUAGAUCUACUGUGUUUCUGUUUGCUGCACAUGUCCCCCAGCCGAGCUUGAAGGAUUUCAUUUACAUAUAGUGUGUCAUUAUUUUUGUUUGUUUGCCAAAAAUAUUUCCUCAAGUGUCCUUUUAUUGUUCACGUCAGUAUUUGGACAGAUGAACCAAAGGAGUGGGGUGACCAUGGCAGUAAGUGACCAAAUAAGAAGAGUGUGAGAGGCCUCCAGGACCCGGAGGAUAUUAGACAGGAAUGUUAAACAAGCAGCACAGACUCUGAACGGUCCUUCGACGUGUUCAUGUCAAUAUACAUGUAGGUCUUUUUAAAGAGAGUUGAUGGAAGGGUGUGAAAUUCUGCCGUUACGGUGUGAAGGCUCAUAGUUGCAGUUGUGUUUUUACUGGGCUAAAGACGAUACUGCUCUCUAGAUAAGAUUUAAAGGAAUAUAUAUAUAUAUUAUCAGGUGAUAAGACAAAGAGAUUUGGGGUCGUUGGUUGGUUAUGGAAUCCUCUUGUCAACAAAUCACGUGAAAGAACUGACUGUAUAUAUUUAGUACUUUUCUAGACUUAUUGACCACAGCACUUCUAUAUGUUGCAUUUUUUUUCCAAUCAUACACCAUUUGCAGUUUGAGGUUGUGUUUCUUGGUCAAGGACACUUGGGAAUGCAGAGGAGCCCGGUAUCGAACCACAGACAUUCUGGUUAGUGGACGACCCGCUUAGUCUCCUGAGCCACAGCCACCAAAAACAACAAAAUAUCAAUGAUUUGUCCAUUUCGUAAGAAUUUAUGACUUCCUGUCAAUUUAUCUCUGGCUCUCUGCCCCGAGUUCACAUGUUCCUACUGAAGAUGUAAAGCCUAAAAAUCACUCAAAAUAUAGUUUCAUUAAACAAAUUUAGCAAUUUUUUAGAACCAUUGUGUAACUCAGUCGUCAACAAAUGUCACUCGACUCAUUGCUCAUUUGUUAGGGACUAUUUCCUGCUGUGGGAUCACACCACACCGUGACUAAGGUCUUAAAGAAACACAGCUUCAUGCCCCCCCGGUUUCCUCUCCUCAUCUCAAUACAUCCUUUCCAUCAUCGCCUUGUUGGGAGGGAGAGGAUAAAUCUGUCCUGUGAGAAUAGGUGAUGCCAGAUUUAAGGCAAACAUUACAGAGGAAGCUGUUUCUUAUAAGCUAAAAUAGGAUCUAAUAAUAAAACCAUUCUGCUUUGACCUGAAAGUAAAAAUAUUGCGUAUUGAGGUGGCAUCCUCUGUAUAUGUGUGUAAGUAAUCUUUAUGCUUUGACUGUUAUACUUAGCUCUUUCUUGUUUUUUCUUUCAUUUUUCUUCACCUCCCGCAAAGAUGUAUUCGAGGAGUCUGUAUAUUUGUCAGAUAUGUUUUAAUGUCUAUAAUUUCUUAUUGAAUAUAGUAGGCACUUAUGUUUUAUAACUAAGUAGAGUUAUCAGAAGUGUUGAUGUAGACUGCAUUUAUUCUCAUCUAACUGUCUUAUAACUAUUGUAUUUGGCCCCUAAUGUGUACACAUGAAUUAUGGAUGUGUAAGUGUGUGUGUGCGUGUGUGUGUGCAUGUGUGCGUGCGUGAAUGGUGGUUGAUGUUUUUCUUUCCGUGGCUUUGAAUGUCUCCUUCUCGUCUAUAAUCCCUCGUAGUGAAAAUUACAUUUUAUAAAAAAACACCCCCCAAAAAAAACGAUAGUAAUUUAUCUAUUAUCUAAAGAACAUGUAAUUUAUUUUCUUUUUCUAAGGGGCUGUAGCAAUUUUUUUGUCACCAUCAGAGUUUAUGAGAUUGUUUUUAUUGUUACCCGGUCAUUUUUUAUCAUGCAAAAACAAAAAGCAGUGUGAAAAAAUGAUUAAAUAAAAAACCUACAUUUUAAAUAAAACUGAAACAACGUUCA